AGAAAAAAUGGCACGCCCAACAACUAUCAAAGAGGCACUUCAGCGCUGGUCCCAGGACAACGAGGGGGCAGAUCCAACUCAAGCCAAAGACAUUGAACUGCAGUUUCAAUGGCCUCCGAUAGAGAAGAUGGACGGAACGCUUUCCUCGUUAGUAGAAUGCGAAAAGCUCAGUCUGUCGUCCAACAUGAUCGAUAAGAUAAUCGGUGUGAGUGGAAUGAAACAUCUUCGAAUUUUGUCACUGGCUCGUAACUAUAUCAAAUCAUUGAAUGGGAUCGAAUCCCUUGGUGAAACCCUUGAAGAGCUUUGGGUCAGCUACAAUCUCAUCGAUAAGCUCAAGGGUGUUGAGAGUUUAAAGCGACUCAAAGUGCUCUACAUUGGCAACAACUCGAUCCGGGAGUGGGGCGAGUUUAACAAGCUGCAGUCGGUAGCCACGCUGGAGGAUUUACUAUUUGCCGGGAACCCUUUGGUGGAAAACAUCGAUGAAGCCGCCUACGUAAGGGAGGUUCAGAAGCGGCUUCCAUCUCUGAAAAAACUGGACGGGGAGAAUAUGCUGACGGAUGACGAGUGA